AUGCAAGACAGGGCGGGGAGUCGGAUACGGGCUCUCUCCCGCCCGGUUGCGGUCCGCAACGGCUUCCGCCGCCGUGAGUCCAACGCGCCGGUCAAGCCCCGCCGGUUCUGGCGCUCGCAAACCCGCGCGGGCAACGUGGUCACCCUCGCCGACCCCGAGCCGUUCGAGCCUCCGCAGCCUGCUGCCGAGGAGGGCUUCCUGCUCGUGAGAAAGUCCGAGGCCAUGGCGGUCAAGGCCAAGGGCUGGUCCCAGCGGUACAUGCGCCUCGUCGGCUCGCAUCUCUACAUCUGCCGCCAGCCGGCUGCUGACCCGCUGUACUUUCUGGACUUGCCGCGGGUGGUCAUCAAGACUGUUCACCGGCUGCCCGGCGGCGACGGUGUCGAAUGGCGUGCCGCCCAUGAUCUUCCGACCUCAUCCGAGUCGGCAAGCGAUGCGAGCGACGAUGGUUCUGCUGAGCAUGCUCUUCACAAGGCGCCUGAGGCUGCCACUGCUGGGCUCGGUGAGAAGCCUGUCGUCUGGGCCUCGCUCGGCCUCGACUGUCCGGAAGAGUUUGUGCUCUGUGUCGGCGUUCCGGGCGACUGGCACUUUGUGCAGGCCAACUCAGAGCCCGAGUGCCAGCGUUGGCUCCGCGGUAUGCUCUACGCGCAGCAGUACUAUCGGACCGACGGUGCCGGGCCGUUUGGGUGUGGCGUCAUGCCCGAGGUUGUCUGCCGUGUCCCCAUGUUUGACGUUCUCUCCGUCUUUAUGAUCGAGGACGAGGGUCACCAGUUCUCCGUCGCUAUCGAGGCCCGCCACGAAGUACACAUCCUGCUCACCGACGACGAGGCCCGCGCCGAGAACGAGCUACUCGCCCUCUCCCAGGCUGCCUCGCGCGUCUCGGUCAUCUCCUACCCGAGCAGUGAGCCGGAGGACGUUCCCCUCCCGCGCCGCCGCCGCAUCCGCCUCUCGACCGCUGAGGACGAGCUGGCGGCCGCCAUCGUUGAGAUCGAGGAAGAGGAGCAAGCUGCGUGGCUCGGCCAACCGUCGGCGAGCUCGCCGUUGCAACCGCAUGCGAGUAGCGCCGGCUCGGUCACAAACGAGUGUACUCCUGUUGACGGCCUGCUCGAGCUGCCGCGCGCUCACGGCUCACCCGAGCAGGUGGUCAGUCCCGCAGAUGGCUGUACCGAGACCAGCGACAUUGUGCUGGAUGGCUCUGCCCACUGGACUGCUGACGACGAGUUGCUCUAUGCCAUCGACGACGUUCGCGAGUUUGUGGCGAGCCACAACGCCGUCUCGCUCAACGAGCUGUUUGAGGUCAAGGGCCCAGUCCUUGACGCCAUUCACGACAUGGUCCGCGAGGCCAUCUCUCACCUCGAGGCAGCCACAAGGAGCUGGUCGCUCUCCGCGCCAUCGAUCGACAUGAUCAACGAGGCGCGCCUUGCGGCGUGCGUUGACGACCUCUCGCGCGCCGAGCCCGUCCUCGACGCCCGUCCGUACGACACUGUCCACGACGCUGUCAACGUCCUCGACUUUAUCGCCUCUGUACUCGGCUCAUGGAAUCGCCUCGCGUCUGCGCUCGAUCACGCCGUCGACGCCACUGUCGCCAUGCUCGCCGACAGCGGCAGCUCGCCCGACUUUGCGUCGUCGGCAAGCAAGCUCGCAGCCGCCAUGCGCGCCGCCCGUCGCGCCGUCCUGCGCCGGUACGUACCGCGCCCCGACCUUGCCGACGACCUUUGCAAGGUGAUCGGCGUCCCACUCACCGAGUGCAUCGUUGUCCUCGACGACAUGACCUCGGCGCUCGUUGUGGCAUGCCUCGGUCAGGCGCUGCCGGGCCAAGCCUCGCCUGGCCGCGCUCCGCAGCCUCGCCCCAGUUCGCCCGUCUGA